AUGAAGGUCAAUCUCGGAAACAUGGAUCUCGCAAAUCCUCGACCGUCUCGAGAGUUGAGAGGUGUCACCGCGGUGGUCCUUGCAGCAUGCGGCUGUGAGGCAUAUGACUACGAAUGCCAUGCCGGUGAAUGUCCAUAUGGUGUCCUUGAUGCAACACGCUUUGUGGAACAAGCUGCUGCUUCAUGCGCCUACACCGCUGUCAAAAUCUGGAUCUUUGAACCGACAAAGCAACGUAAAAGCACCGAAACAACCCCUGCGAAGCGAGCGUCCAGCUUUGACCUCACAGGGCUUACUACUUGUGCCUGGCCUUCAGAGGAACGGUAUUUGGUGCGCUAUUACAUGCAGCGAACAGGGCCAUGGCUCAGCCAUUAUUGUGACCCAGAAGCAAGGGAACCGUGGGCUGUUACUCUUCCACGCCUUGCUAUAAGCCUCCCAGCCUUGCGACAUUUGGUGGUUGCUACUGCUAUGAUGGACCAGAAGCUACAUCGAGCCACAAGCCAGGCCUUGGUCGUUCGGAGUGAGAGGAUCAUAUUCCAUUACAAUGAAGCCAUUCGCCUUCUAACCACGAACAACGCCUCAUUCCUUGAGGUGCUUGCAUCAGCAAUAAUCGCCCACACCCUAGAAACCAUGAUUCGAAAUACGACAGCAGCUCGAAUACAUCUACGAGCAGCCGAAAGGCUCCUUGUGAAAGCAAGCGAAAUGACCAAGUCAAGUAGUGGUUCAGAAGCUGACCAUAUCAUUGCAAAUGACUUACAAGCAAUGUAUCUCUCAGCGGCCGGCUAUCAUUCCACUGAACCGGCUUUUCGUCUUGAAGAGGACACCUCUGCUCUGUCUGUUCUGGAUGCUCUCAGAGCACUCCACAGUCCUCAGGGCUUGAAAUCAACAAAAGAGGUUCUUUUUGUCUACGAGCGACUUUUCGAGCGCUUGAACGUGAAAGACGAAGCAGCACGACCGACUGUCGACCAAUUAAGGGACUUUACCUCAAUGUGGGAGCUAGCAAUACUGCAACUAUCUCAUGAUUCUCCAGAGCCGCCUGUUAACAUGAUUGCUGCCCAUAUGCUCAUCUGCGUUGCCAACGCCCUCGUACCACAGAUCUGCAGUGGCUCUUUGAGCGAAGAACACCUUGAUCUGCAGUCUCCAGUGAACACGAAAGCGACUGGCUACAUCAUCCGGAAACUGUUCGUUCUCAUGGAGGAGGACACCGAGCACCUCGAGAAAGCUGAUCUCGCUGUUUUCAACAGGAUUUUGAAACUAGCAUUUGUUGCCAUACACCGUUUUGCCCGGAAUAGAAGUCAUCGAAAUGAAGCAAAGGCUCUUCUUAUGAAAGUCGAAACAUCAGGAGGCGCUGAAGUACGUACCAAAUCCCCUGAUCUAAAGGAGGGACGUACCGCCAGUUUUGCAGAUCCUGCUGUGAAAUUUUCGAAUUCGAGUUUGCAAGAGAAACCCUUUGUACUGUCCGAUUUUGCUGCUCGAAAGCUGAGUCUGAUCGAUCCACUAUAUACUUCAGGUACCAUUGACCUACCUCUACGAUAUGCGCUUUGA